GUUGAAUACGUGCAAGAUAUUAUGUUAUACAACACACGUAGGUAUAUAACGUACCUACGUAGAUGAUACAUAUGUUGGAUUUGACAGAACGUGCCAAUCAGAUUAGAACUCACUGAGCGCUCAGUGAAUGAUUGCACAUCUGGAUGCAACUAAUCACAUAGAAAUUAUCUUGAAUGAGCAACUUCUCUGUGAGGAACUUUCGACAUCCAAACACAUGAUGGAAAGACAAAUCAUAAGAUAAAGUAUUUAACAUUGACUUUUGGUCAAAAUGGAUAUUCGUCCAAAUAAUACAAUUUACAUCAAUAAUUUAAAUGAAAAGAUUAAGAAGGAAGAAUUAAAGAAAUCAUUGUAUGCUAUUUUUUCUCAAUUUGGUCAAAUUUUGGAUAUCGUAGCUUUAAAAACAUUAAAGAUGCGUGGACAGGCGUUUGUUAUUUUCAAAGAAAUAGCAAGUGCUACAAAUGCCUUAAGAUCAAUGCAAGGUUUCCCAUUCUAUGACAAACCAAUGAGAAUACAAUAUGCUAAAACUGACAGCGAUAUAAUCGCUAAAAUGAAAGGCACCUUUGCAGAACGUCCAAAGAAACCAAAGCGAGUUAUUCCAGUAGCAGACGAAGAAGCCAAACGUGCCAAGAAACGUGCAAAAGAGCAAGCAAAACAUUCACAACAAAUUGGUUAUCAUGCUAGUAUACCCCAACAUUCAGGACUUGUCAAUGCCGCUGUUCCUGAACAGCCACCUAAUCAAAUAUUGUUCUUAACAAAUCUGCCUGACGAGACAAGUGAAAUGAUGUUAUCAAUGCUGUUUAAUCAAUUUCCGGGUUUCAAAGAAGUGCGCUUGGUACCUAAUCGGCAUGAUAUCGCAUUUGUUGAAUUUGAAAAUGAAGUUCAAUCUGGUGCAGCAAAAGAUGCUCUUCAAGGUUUUAAAAUUACACCUUCCCAUGCAAUGAAAAUAUCAUUUGCAAAGAAAUAGCUUUAUAAUAUUUUAUAUUAUCCAUAUUAUAUAUAUAAUAAAAUAGAAG